AUGGCGGAAAAGACGUACUUCCUCGCUCCCAACUUUGAUUUCCCUCCCGGCAGUUCCAUCCUCCUAGGCAGCCUGAUCUCAGAUCCCCUGACUCCUCACCGUUCGCUGGCGCAGCUCGAGAAAUGGCCUGAUGUCACAACAAUUGUCGACAAGGAGGCCGUCAUCUCUCGAGGUAAAGGGAACGGGGCCAAUAUCUCGCUAGGCGCCCAGAUGCUUGGAGCUAUAGGCGCCAAAAUCGGCGGCGGUGUUGAGAAGAGCCGAGCGACGGAGUACAGAAUGUCUGCGCUCAAGACAGAGUUCUUCACUCGCGACCCAGGGGAAGAUGAGAUCAAGAAGCUCAUCGCUGAAUGUCCCAGAGCGCGAAAGGUACUCAUCGACGCGCCCAUUUGGCGGCCUGGGAAGCUUUUUAUCAUCACCGGUUUGAAGAUUGCUGAGGAGUUCUCAAUGUCAAGCACUACGACUGGCCGACGUGAAGGUGACGUGGAGGGUACGGCGCCUGUUCUCGCUGCUGCAGGACUCAAUGUUGAGGCGGGCAUUGGAAGCUUUUUCGAGAGCAGUGAGGGCAUGAGCCUCGAGGCGGUAGGCGAUAGAAUACUGGCAUAUCGCCUGGUAAAGAUCAGUUUGAAAGGGCUGAAGAGAAAGGAACUCGAAAUCGACGAAUAUCGAUCCAAUGACAUUGGAAAGAUGCUGGGUCACAGGGAAGAUGAGAUAGAUGAGCAGUCUCUUACUAGCAUCGAAGUUGCCGACGCCCUGGAAGAUGAUUUGGAUAGUGAUGACGAUGAUGAAAUGGACGCUGUUGAGGUAAUCACCGAAGUAGACUCUGAUGAAGGUCAUUUGCGUGUGGUUUCUGCCUAA